CGACCAUGCUUUUCGUCAAAUGUCCAUGGGAUGUAUGGUGUUUUUCGUGUUAUUGUGGUGUAUGAUUUUUGCAUCUCGACGUGCCUGUAGUGGCCUUACGUUGGUACCAUGAUGCCCGGCGAGAAUCAGGCGAAAACUGCUGGAGUAGCUCCAGACGGAAGGGCUGGAACUUGUGAGAACUGCGCUGUCUUGAGUGAGACGCUUCAUGAAUACAUGGCAUCAUUUCUGGCCUUGAAACAGAAGAUUUUUGAAACAGACAAACUACUGAACGAAUUCAAGGAGAAAAGUGAUGAGUUUAAAAGAACCCAGAGAGAAAAUGUUGAGCUGCAUGGACACUUGGAUCAGCUGCUCCUAGGCAUAGCUCCAUUUGAAAAUGUGCACAAGAAUGACAUGCAUAUGCUGGAUGAACUGGAGAUAACCAAGAGAUUUCUUAAGCGAUGCCGUGAUGGAGAGACUGACAGGAGCACUGACCCAGAGGCCAGGACUUUGAAGGAUCAGAUCAUAUUUCAACUGAAACUCCUGCAAGAUUCGAAUCUCAAGCAAAAUGCUGAAGUGGCCUUGCUCCAAAAGGAAAAUAAAGCCUUGGAAUAUAAACUACAAACAGCACAAGAAAAGUUGGGGAAAUUGGAGAAAGAACUAAAUAAAGAAAAGAGCAGCUUAGGUGUUCAGACAGACAGAAAAGAGCUGUGCUGUACAGAGGUGCAAACUGAAGUGCCAGAGAAGUGCAGUGUGUCCAUGCAGACCAAACCUACGUGCGAGAGCAGUGUACCAGUGCAGACUGACCCAACAGAGGAGAGCAUGAUGGACCUAGUGAAGAUCAGGCGGCUAGUUAUGGAUCUCUGGUGCAAUGUGGAUCCACUGUCACGCUCUGCUUCUCCUCUUCUAGCUGUUGGUCAAGCAGGUAACCCUGUGCCUAAGGAACAUCUCUCCCCGUCGCCUGUGCCGCCACCUCUUGUGGUUUUGAAUAAAACUCCAAUCAAAUCAGCCAUCAGACUUGUGUGUAAUGAGACCCUUGUGUCCGUGGAGGACAUCUUGCAGAUGUUCAUGCCACUGCCACCUCUGCUCUCCCCUGUCCACCAACCUGAAUAUCUUGGGGGUGAUGAAGAUGAUUGUAUGCAGUUGUCAGAGAAGGAUGAAGACGAAAUAGAACACCACAUAUUCAAGGAGGAGGAUAUGAAGGAGGUGAAGCUCUCACAUAAUAAGGCACCCCCAGUUGGCUUGAAUAGCCUCAGGAGUUUGGCAAUUUCUUCAGAUAACCACAAGGAGGCGGUGUCACCCACAGAGAGUCCAUCAGAGGGCAAACCUGAUCAACACUUCCUUGCAGUUAGGCAAGACCAGGAAGGAGAGGCCCUCUGUUUGCAAGUGUCCAUGAACGUCAAGAGCAAUUGGAGUUCAGCUGUUGUGCCUGAGGCUUCUGAAUUGCCCAAUGGCAAUCCAGAGAGUGAAGAACGACUAGUGGAUGAGGACAUGGAGGCUGAGAUGGGGAUAGAUGACGCAACAUCUGUUGAUAAGUCAUGCAAUAAAAGCAUUGCUGAUAUGAAGUUGAAUCCCUUUGCUAUGUACAGUACAUCAUUUGUGAACAAUAACCAAUCAAAUGGCAAUCACAGCAGUUCCUCCGCUGGACCAUCAAGAGAUCCACAUUGUAGCAUUGUGUCAGGUUACACAGAUGGGGUCAGGCAUUCAAAGACCAAAGUGGAAAACACUGACGUAAAACACAACCGCCUGGUCAAUGGUACUGCUUCACCUCAGCAUGUUGAAGCGUCAGUAUUCAGCAAGGAACAAAAAACCCCUCACAAAAAAUCAUCAACUGACCAUGACAAUAUUCUGAAACCUUGGGACAAAAAUUGGAUUAUGCAAAACAAUGAGGGAUACCCAGGCAAUGCAGUGCAUUUAGAAUCAGUGAAAGGGGAACAGAACAGACUUGAUCAAACCUUUGAUGUCAUGGAGCUCGGCACAGUAGCACAAAAUGGACAAAAAGACAAUGAUGAGAACCCAGCAAGUUCUAGAUUCACAGAACUGGAACACAAGAACAGGCAUCGUCAUAGUCUCAUUCAUGGUGAUGCCAACUCCACAUUGACGGGCUGGCCUCACACAUCCUCCUAUGAUGUCAGGAACUCUGGUGAGGAAAUAUGCAAGGAUCUGACAAAGUCAUCAAAAAAAAUCACAGAAGAUGGAUGUGUGGAUACUGAAUCCUCUGAGGAUCUAGAGCUUUUUGGUCUGCAGCGCAAGGUUCGUGGGGCCCAGUCGAGGCAGAGGCCAAAGGGGUCUCCUGGAACUGUUAACGGCUUUUCUGAGAAUGGGAAGGAGCACUCUGAGGAGGAACCUCUGGAGGAUACUCUUGCAUGUAGCAUUGAUGUUAAAGCCCCAAAUUACAUGGUUAGGGGAGAUGGAGAGUCGGCAGAGAAUUCUCCAAAUGAAGAGGCUCUCAGUAUGGCAAGCCAAAGGCAGGAGCCCCAGAGGUCUCCUGGAACUGUUAACGGUUUCAACAAGAAGGAGGAGGAGGCUGACUCUGGGGAGAAAUCUUUUGAGGAUCUUCUGGCAUGUAGCAGUGAUGUUAAAGCCCCAAAUUACAUGGUUACGGAAGAGGGAGAGUCAGCAGAGAAGUCUCCUAAUGAAGAGGGUAUAAGUAUGGCAAGCCAAAAGGAAAGUAUGACUCAGGGAGGAAAGGAAAGUAUAGCUCGGUGUAGUUGGGGCAAGGCUGAACACUCAAAUAAGUGCCUCAAUGGUAUGUCGGCACAGGAAAACAAACAAAACAUGCAGCCUAAAGCACACCCAGAGAUUGCAUGUCUACCCCAAUUAACUGAAGACCAGUCCAUUACAAAUCCACCAGAAGACCAGUCCGUUAUUACCAAUGGCACUCCCACACCAAACUCCCCAGUAGAUGGUAUAGUUCCUGAGAAUGGCUUUGAAGAUGUUAGCUCUGCACUGUCCAAAGACGAAGGCUUGUAUACAAGGGUCAAAAGCAUGACACGUGAAUAUCCACAGCCUACGGGAGUUACCUCUGUAAUGCCCCCAGAGUGUAUAAAGAACAUUCGUUCCAUGAUGGGGCCGCCUCUCCGCCCUGUAGUGCUCCCUCUACUGGCCACCCCUCCCAAAUCUGUCAGAUCGGAACUGCGCUCGGGACCCGCGAUAGCCCGCCUGUCCCAAGAUGGCUCAGAGACGGCCACAUCGAUGCCUUCUAUGAACCCAACACUCCAGAAUGGGAGCCUUCAUCCGGUGUCUUUAUCCCCAGCGUCCAUCACCACCCCCAUCAUAAUCACAACACCCUCCCCUUGCAAAAGCGUCCCUUCCUCCCCGCUGCAGUUUGGCUCGGCCACCCCAAAACACGCUGUGCCCGUUCCCUGCAGACACCCCGUGUCGGCGCUGAACUCAAUGUCUCCUGCCGCUACGUCUGCCAACUCAACGCCACCAAAACAGGAGAACUCCAUGCAGAUGCUGGACUCCAUGUACCCUGAGCUGUCUGCCCAGGCUCGCACGCUUAGCAUCUUACGAGGAAAUGUCAGCCUCGGCAACCGGAACACCUGCACCGCCGGUGGCGGCAGCGGUUCUGAACCCAGCACGCCACCGACGCUAACCAACGGCAACAGUGGGGUGCCCACAGUGACGCCCAGCUCCCAUUUCAACUCCGUUGCAACGGCCUUCACCAAAACUCAACAGACGGGAAAACGGGCCGGAACCAAUGCGCCGCUGCCGAAGAGUGCCAAGAAGCUGAGAUUGGGGGGUUCUCCGGUGACCAUUGGCACAAGACCACCAUCGGAUCUGGCUGUGGCACCACUGCCAGACAGUGGCGAAGCCAAAGUUCCUCAACCAGUCCGAGCAGUCAAUGGGCUGCACGUGGUGAAGAAGGAUACGGUUGCUCAGGUGGAAGAGGUAGCUAACGGCAAGGAGGGUGUUAUCUCUGAGGUGCUGGCUAAACUAGCGAGCUCUUGUUUUGAUCUGCUACCAGUGGUCAGAAGUCACGUCUUCAUCAAAAGGAUCUCCUCAGUUCCCAUACUGACAGAGGAAGAGAAAGCGGUGGUGAACGAUUUCUGCACAAAGCACAAGUCUUUAUCUGUGCAGUUCCUGUCCGCCAUCUUGGCUCAACUGAAGGCAGAGAGGACCACACUGAGUGAGAAUUGCAUGCAGAGCCUCUGCCGAGUCUACACUGCUCUUUGUCGCCAGAAUAAUGAUCGGAUCAAAGCCAACACUCUGGCGUAUAGCCUCCUGAAAGAAGACUUUCCGAACGGUCCCAAGCUUCUUGUCUUCGUGGUUACAACUUGGCCCCGCCUCCUGAUCUGUAGUAGUGCAUUGUCCAAAGCCAUCCACACCGUCGCCCAUAUAAGGGCGGAGGGGGAGGUGCUCCAGUGCCUCAAAGCCUACCUCCACUGGGAUGCGAACCCUCCCAGUGUACCUCAGCUCCUCAGCAGCAUGCUGGCGUCGCUAUGCGCAGGAGGCGGGAUGCAGUUUCAACAUCACAGUCGGCACGGUGACGACCUGUGCCCCAACUCGUGGGAAUACGUCUUUGCUGUCGACCUCCUGUGCGCCCAGCAGAAGUGGAAAUGGACACAUGACAACAUCAUCAGUAAGGAGCUGUGGCCCAUCAUGAACAGUUGGGCGUCCCAGCCCCGCUCCCAGAAGGGCCCCAUAGCCGAUGUCACAGUGGCAGCUGUCCUCAGACUGAUAGGGCGGCUUGGACAGCAGGGCAUGAAGGAGAGGUUCACCACAGCCGUCCGCAAGAUGGCAUCAGUCAUCAACGUGCUGGGCAAGCAGGGUCAAGCUGAGGGGGUGCCAUGGGAGGUGCAGCUGGCGACUGCCUACACCAUAUACGACCUGUCACCUAGCAACCCCAAAGAGGCCCUGGCGGCGCUGGCGGAGUGGCGUGCGGAGGCCACGGGACGCGUUCCUGCCGGAAUCACCAGCUGCCUUACACAGAUCUCCUCGCUAAGCAGGAAGGCCUCCUCCUGAGGACACACACACACACACAGCUUGUUGAGAUGUUUUUUCUGGGUUGUCUGUCUGCCUCUCAGUCUCUUACACACACACACACACACACACACACACACAC